AGCAGAAAAGAUGAUGUCGACUAACACUUGCUUCAAGUGCGAUCGUCCCGGUCAUUAUGCCCGCGACUGCCAGAACGUUGGAGGCGGCGGUGGCCGUGGAGUCGGUGGACCGCGUGACCGUCGGGACUUCGGAAGACGGGAGAAGUGCUACAAGUGUAACCAGAUGGGACACUUUGCCCGUGACUGCAAGGAGGACCUGGACCGGUGCUACCGGUGCAAUGGCAGCGGUCAUAUCGCGCGCGAUUGCAGUCUGUCCCCGGAUGACUCGUGUUGCUACAACUGCAACCAGAGCGGCCAUCUGGCCCGCAACUGCCCGGAGAAGAGUGACCGCGACAUGAACGUGUCGUGUUACAACUGUAACAAGAGCGGCCACAUCUCGCGUAACUGUCCGUCGGGCGACAAGUCGUGCUACAGCUGUGGCAAGAUCGGCCACUUGAGUCGCGACUGCACAGAGAACAAGGGUCGCGAUUAGAAGUCGGGUUACUCGUCGUGGUGUGGCAGUAACAACAACACUGCGGCGUAUUUCCGCUUGCCACAUCAGUCCUCCUCCUCCUCUUCUACGGCAG